AUGAAAGGGAGCACGAAAGAAAUACCGUAUUAUGAUAACAGCGUUGUUUUAGAAAAAAAUGAGGGCUUCUUUAAUUAUUAUGUGAAUCAAAAUAUAAUAAAAAAGGAAGAAAUUGAUAACUUUAUGGAAAUAAUAAAUAAAGAAUUACCCAUAACAUUUCGUGUUUUAAAGAAUAAUAAGUAUAGUGAUUAUAUUCAUGAGAAUAUAAAAAAGAAAUUAGAAUGCAUCUGUAAGGACAAUUAUUCCAUAAUAAAAUUAAAUGAAGAAGAUCAUAUGUAUGAGAUAUAUAUAACACGAUCACAGAUAAAGAAAAAUGAAAAUUAUAAAAAUUUAUGCAGUUAUUUAAUAAAUUUAAAUGAAAGUGGUUAUAUAUUUAGGCAAGAAUUAGUUAGUAUGUUACCUAUAUUAUUUUUAAAGUUAAAAGAAAAUUUUUUUGUUUUAGAUAUUUGUGCAGCUCCUGGCUCGAAAACAGCUCAAAUUGUAGACUAUAUGCAUUUGAUAAAUAAAAAAAAUGUAAAAAAUUAUUUGAUAAAAAAAUUUAUUCAAAAAAAUUGCUCAAGUAUUAACAAUUUAAGAGAAAAUGCGGGUAACCAGGAUAGCGAUUCAUGCUGUUCUGAUAUACGGGAUUCAGAGGGUAUUAAUAGCAUCGAAGGAAGUAAUGGCUACAACGAUGAUGAAUAUGCGUAUAUGUGCGGAAAUAGAAGCACAAAGUUUAGCGGUAGGACUCCUGUGGAGGGGAAUGUGAAAACGAAUGAACAUAAAAAUGUAAAAGAAAAUGAUGAAGGAGAACGUAAUAAAACGGACACAGAAAAUAUUUAUAAAAGUUACUAUACCAUAUUAGAUAACAAUUUAUAUGAUGAAAAAUUGUUUGAGUACAUUUUAAAUGUAGACAAUAAUUUGUAUAAUGACUAUAAAAAAUUGAUAUCUAACAAUAACCCUACGGGUGUAGUUGUAGCUAAUGAUGCUAAUUUUAAAAGAUGUUGUAUGUUAUUCCAUCGCUUGAAAAAUAUACACAGUAAUUGUUUAGUCGUAACAAAUAAUAAUGCUAUCAAUUUUCCAUAUAUUUAUAUAAAAAAUGGAAAGGAAAAUAAAGUUGAAAAAAAGUUCUUCGAUUCAGUGUUAUGUGACGUCCCAUGUAGCGGUGAUGGUACUUUGAGAAAAGACAGAAAUAUAUGGUUAAACUGGAAUCCUUUAAAUGCUUAUAAUUUAUUUCAAGUUCAAGUAAAUAUUUUAAAAAGAUCAAUUGAAUUAACAAAGGAAAAUGGAGUAAUUGUUUACAGUACUUGUUCACUAAAUCCUAUUGAAAAUGAAGCAGUUAUUUGUGAAAUUUUUAACUCAGUAGAGAAUUUUAAUUGUUUAAAAUUAAUUAAUUUUGAAAAUGAACUGAUAACGAAAUUGAACUUUAAAGAAGGAAUAACUCAAUGGAGAGUACUAAUUGAUGAUAUCUGGUUUGAUACAUAUCAACAGUUUUGUGAUUAUUUAAAAAAUAAAGAAUCAAGUAAAUAUAAAAAAAUUUAUGAUAAAAUACAAAAUGGAAUGUUCACUCCUCCGAAGGAAUUCAUCGAAUUAAUUAACUUGAAAUAUGUGAAGCGCUUUUUUCCACAUCAUUAUAACGCAGGGGGGUUUUUCAUAGCUGUUAUUAAAAAAUGUGGUAAACUCAAAUGGAAAGAAAAAGCGAAAAGGGAAAAUAUGAAUAAGUGUAUUGUAAAUAAAAAUGUAAUAAGUAAUAGAAAUAAACUCGAAAAAGGGGAAUUGAGGAAAAAGUACAAAAAUAGAAAAUACAAGAAAAGUAACAAGAAGAAAAAAAAUAAAAAUGGUGAUCUUUCUUUUAAUGGCUACAAUAUAAAGCAAAAUUUUUCUCGUGAAAUAGAAAAUGAACAAAGGAAAAUACUUGAAAUAAAAAAUAAUUCACCUGAACAGGUCAUACAAAAUGGUCUUCGGAAAAGUUGUUCUCCAGUGAAUAGUGAUGGCUCUGUGAUGGACGAUGAGCAUAUUGAGAAAAAUUACAACGUGGUAAACCAUGACCUUAUUAUGAAGAAUUAUAAAGUGAUAGACAAUAUUAAUGAUACCCGAAAUUAUCAAGUAAUAGGAGAUGGAGAUAUCACAAAAAAUUACAACAAUGAGGAAAAUGGAAAUGUUACAAAAAAUGACAACUUGGAGGAAAAUGAUAACUUUGAAAAAAACUACAAUGUGAUCGAUAGUGAUUUUAUCAUAAGUAGUUGUCCAAUACGAAGACCUCAUGAGACAAGCAAGGGUGAUGUAAUAAUAAACCUAAUAAACAGGAAGAGCGAAGAGAAAUUAAAUAAUUAUAGCAAAAAUGAAAUGGAUAGUAGUGUAGAAUAUACAGAACAGUAUGAUAUUUUGAAGGAGAAUAACAAAACAGCAAAUGGAUAUGUAAAACCAAAAGGUAGUGUUCAAACAAAAUGUAAAGUAGAAGAUCAAAUAUAUAUGGGAAAUGAAAAAUUGACAAAGCAACAGGAAUAUGUAAGUUUAGAUUAUUAUGAAAAGUUAUUUUGUAUAAAUGAUACAUUAGAAAGAAUAAAAAAUUAUUUUAAUUUAAAUGAGGAAUUCUUGUCUAUUAAAAGUAAUUUAUAUAUUCAUUUAAAGGAUGAUAGCAAUUUUUGUAAAUUAUCUAUUAAUGAAAGAAUUAAUUCGAAUAUUAAAAAAAUUAAUUUUGUUAGUAAUUAUACAAAAGAUAUUUUAGAAUGUUAUACCAAAAUAAAAUUAAAAAUUAUCAGUGCAGGAAUAACAGUAAUUCAAAUAGAUAAAAAUAAAAAAAAUAAAGUAGAAAAUUAUUAUAGAAUUAACUACAGUGGUUGCUUGAAUUUUGUUCCUUUUUUUAAGGAUGUUGAUGCUUUUUUGUUAAAUAAAAUAUAUAGAAAGGAAAUUAUUAAAAAUUAUUUUUCACCUAUAUAUGAAAAUAAAAAUAGGGUCUUUCAUUUUGAAAGUUAUAUGAAUCAGUUGAUCGGAGAGAGAAAAAGCACUUUAUCAAAAGGGACUACAAAUAAUACUAAGGUGGUCAAAAACGUAGGAGAAAAUACGCAUCCUGCGUCUUAUGUAAAUAAUGAAAAAAUCACGAAUAGUCUAGGAGGUGAAGAAAAUCUUUCAGAAGAAAAAAAUAAGCAUAAUAAAUAUUCCGAUGAGACUGAAAAAAAAAAUAUGAACACUAUAUGGGUAAAAAGUGAUGUUAUUUUAGAUUUGAUAAAAGUAGAUAAAUCAAAAAUUAAUAAUAUAACUAAUGAAACUAUUAAACAAACUGAAAAGUUAACAAAAUAUUCACCUAAUAUUUUAUUAACUUUAAAUAAAAAUAAACAAAUCUUGGCUAUCCCAUCAAAUAAGGGAAAUCUGUAUGUAGACAUUAGCAUUGACAAAAAUUCUAUCAUUAUGUUGCCAUAUAUAUUAAAUUAG